CAGGUGUUUGGCGACAUGGACCAAGUGCGGAUGACGUCCGAGGGCUCCGACUGCCGCUGCAAGUGCAUCCUGCGGCCUCUCAGCAAGGAUGCCUGCAGCCGCAUCAAGGAUGGCAGCAUGCGGGUGGAGGAUUUCUACACGGUGGAGACGGUGAGCUCGGGGGCCGACUGCAAGUGCUCCUGCACGGCCCCGCCCUCCUCGCUCAACCCCUGCGAGAACGAGUGGAAGAUGGAGAAGCUGAAGAAGCAGGCGCCGGAGCUCUUCAAGCUGCAGUCCAUGGUUGACCUGCUGGAGGGAACGCUGUACAGCAUGGAUUUGAUGAAGGUCCAUUCAUACAUCAAGAAAGUGGUCUCCCAGAUGAAUACGCUGGAGGAGACCAUCAAGACGAACCUGAGCAGGGAGAAUGACUUCAUGAAGGAGAGCGUCGUGCACCUGACCAACCAGAUGAAGCGCUAUGAGAACUACUCCGACAUCAUGAUCAGCAUCAAGAAAGAGAUCUCCAACCUGGGCUACCAGCUGCUGCAGAAGGACGCUGCUGCUGUCCCCGAGAGGAAGGCCCAGGACACGGCCAGGGGCAAAGGCAAGGAGGCGAGCAAGUAUCCCAGCGCCCGCAAGAGCCUGGGGGACAAGGCAGCUGUGAGAGCCCCCAAGGAGAAGCUGCCAAAAACGGAGAAGCCCAAGAAGGAGAUUCUGAGGGUCAGACUGGGCGCAUCGCAGCCCACCCCCAAGCCCAAGCCCUCUGUCCACCAGCAGACCGUGAUCCGGGGCAUCACCUACUACAAGGCUGCCAAGCAGGAGGAGGCCGAGGGCCUGGUCAGCAACCGAGAAAGCCCCGGGAAGGGGAGCCCUCGGAUGGACCGACCAGAGGAGAGGAACCCCGAGUCCUAUGCUGCUGCGGAGGCCCAGGGGAGAGUCGGCGAGCAGGCAGAGACCACCACUGCCCGCUCCACCCAGCCCCCCAGCACCACCUGGGCCCCCAGCACCACUACCCGGAGCCCACCAGUCACCGUCCUCUCCAUGGGGGACAAUGCUGAAGGCACCGAGGAGCUGGAAGCGACUAACCAAGUGAAAGAAGUGCAGUGUGAGGGCACCAUCGAGUCUGUGGAGCCACCCGUGAAGCACCACAGCUACGGGCGUAACGAGGGGGCGUGGAUGAAGGACCCCGCGGCCAGAGACGACAGGAUCUACGUCACCAAUUACUACUAUGGCAACAACCUGGUGGAGUUCAGGAGCCUCGACAACUUUAAGCAAGGUCGUUGGAGCAACCUGUACAAGCUCCCUUACAACUGGAUCGGGACCGGCCACGUGGUCUACCAGGGGGCGUUUUACUACAACCGCGCCUUCACCAAGAACAUCAUCAAGUACGACCUGAAGCAGCGCUUCGUGGCUGCCUGGGCCCUGCUUCAUGACGUGAUGUACGAGGACACCACGCCCUGGAAGUGGAGGGGCCACUCGGACAUUGACUUUGCAGUGGACGAGAGCGGACUGUGGGUCAUUUACCCCUCUGUGGACUAUGACUACUCCCAGCUGGAGGUGAUCGUCCUGAGCAAGCUGGACCCCAGCGACCUCUCCGUGAAGAAGGAGACCACCUGGAAGACAGGCCUCAAGCGCAACUCCUAUGGGAACUGCUUUAUCGUCUGUGGCAUCCUGUAUGCCGUGGAUGUGUACAACCAGAAGGAUGGGCAGAUCUCCUAUGCCUACGACACCCACACGGACACUGAGGCCAACCUCAAGCUGCCCUUCCUCAACGAGUACUCCUUCACCACGCAGAUUGACUACAACCCCAAGGAGAAGGUCCUCUAUGCCUGGGACAAUGGCCACCAAGUGACCUAUAGACUGCACUUUGUGGUCUGA